UGAAGUCACAUACGCUCAGUGGAGUGGCAGCAUCGUGUGUAAGUGUGACGGAAACCGGCAGCGAGUGCUUAUAAUAUUAAAAGUUACUAUCACCUCAGUAACAAUAGCGUUUGAGCUCUUCGGAGUAUUGUCAGGGUCACUUUCAAGAGCACAAUGGCUGAGAAGAUGGACAUGGAGGAGGGGAAGGCAUCCAACGGCGACGCACACCUCGAUCAGACACCGGUCACCGGAAUGAAGAGCCCGAAUAAAGGCGGCCAGGAGCCGCUGGUCCAGCGGGUCAAGAGAAUAGUGAUGGCCAACUUGCUGGUGAUUCUCACCGUGGCCGGGGUCAUCAUCGGUGUUUUUAUUGGACUUGGGGUGCGCAACGCGACGUUGUCCAAGACCCAGAUCAUCUACAUCGGGUUCCCCGGAGAACUGCUGAUCCGGCUGCUCAAGAUGAUCAUCAUCCCCCUGGUGGUGUGCAGUCUAGUGUCCGGUUCGGCAAGCAUCGAUCCUAAAGCCUUGGGCAAACUCGGCGGCUGGGCUAUGCUCUUCUUCCUGGUCACCACAUUAAUUGCUUCCUCCAUCGGAGUUAUAAUGUGUUACAUCAUAAACCCCGGGUCUGGGUCGAUAGCCAAACCCACGUUGCAAGACUUUGGGGACGAAGUACCUGUGGCUAAAGAAGUGAUAGACUCCUUCUUAGAUUUGAUCAGAAACAUAUUUCCAUCCAACCUGGUUUCUGCUGCCUUUCAAUCAUAUGCAACAAGCUACAAGCUGAUUACCAGGAAUGGUACUGAUGGAAACCCCAAUAUCACAGUAGAAAAGGUGCCUUUUGGUACAGACCAGGACGGGAUGAAUAUUCUUGGUCUGGUUGUGUUUGCCAUUGUUUUUGGUGUUGCUUUGAGAAAACUGGGAGAGGAAGGAGAAAUCCUGAUCAAGUUCUUUAACUCCUUCAAUGAAGCCACCAUGGUGCUGGUCUCCUGGAUCAUGUGGUAUGCCCCUCUUGGUAUCAUGUUUCUCGUGGCUGGCAAGAUUGUUGAGAUGGAGAAUGUUGCCUUACUAUUUGCCAGUCUGGGCAAAUACAUAGUCUGCUGUAUGAUUGGACAUGCCAUCCAUGGCAUCCUCGUGCUGCCUCUCAUUUACUUCAUCAUUACAAGGAAGAACCCAUACACCUUCCUCUGGGGGAUAUUCACAGCUCUGGCAACGGCCUUCGGAACGAGCUCCAGCUCUGCCACUCUGCCCCUGUUGAUGAAGUGUGUGGAGGAAAAUAACGGCGUAUCCAAGCACAUCAGCCGUUUCAUCCUGCCCAUCGGAGCAACGGUCAACAUGGACGGAGCGGCUCUCUUCCAGUGUGUGGCUGCUGUUUUCAUCGCUCAGCUGAACAACUAUUCACUUAACUUUAUCCAAGUCAUCACCAUCCUUGUGACAGCCACAGCUUCCAGUGUUGGAGCAGCGGGUAUACCUGCUGGUGGUGUGUUGACCCUCGCCAUCAUCCUGGAAGCCAUAGGACUGCCCACCAAAGAAAUCUCUCUCAUCCUGGCUGUUGACUGGCUUGUUGACCGUACCUGCACAGUGAUUAAUGUAGAGGGCGAUGCCUUCGGCGCUGGGAUCCUGCAGCACUUUGUGGACCGCACGGCGCAACGGCAGGAGGGAGCAGAGCUGAGCGAGGUCAGGCUGGACGGAGACCAAUCAGCUGCGGCCCCGGAGAACUCGCCGCUCAUUGAGAGGCGAGGUGGGAGGGACAGUGAAGAGAAGAAGUCUCCUUCUGGUGAAAGAGAGUCGGCCAUGUAAUCAAGCUGUUGAUACCAUCAAUGAUACGCUCACUUAUUUCACACUCCUGCAAAACCUGAGGUUCUUAACCCCUUUUUUAUGCCCUGUAGAAAAGAGAGGAUGGACUAAGAUGCAAUGAAACUUUAUCUUACCUCUACACUAUUCUGUGCAAAAGAGUUAAGGCGGACAUUAAAAAUCCAUCACAUCAUAGGGACUUUUGUUUCCUUGUUUAGAGGCAUAAUUGUACAUUAGGCUGGCUACUAAUGUUGCAUAUGGUCGGUCCUCUUCAAAAUGUCAGACAUUUUACAUUUGGCCAAGUUGUAAACAGCAGGUGUUCACCAAAUCACUGUGUACCUCUACUAUGUCAAGGGGCUGUUGUAGUGACCCUCUAACAUCUAAUUUGAUAAAACAUUUGCACACUACUGGUGUUGACCAUUAGGGCAGCUUGUUGAAUUUGUGGUGGAAAACACAAAAAUGUCUGACUUUAUAAGUUGACAGGGACCACAUAACUGCUUGCCGUUGGUUUUUCUCAAGAAAAAGUUUUCGUUUUCUCCAUCUGGAAUCGAGUACCUUUUUUAAAAAUGAUUUUUGUUAGUCACCCUCUCCUUUUUUACUUUGUGUAUUUUAUUUUAAAUCCUUAAAGCCCCUUUUUUAAUGCAGAUAUCAUGUCAUGUAUUUAAACUUCAUGUCUUGUGUUUAAAUGUGUCAUAUUUAAAGCAUAUGAAACACUAGUUUGACUAGGUUAUAUUCCAUAUGCCCUGCAUUGAAAUGGCCGAGACUGUCCUCAAGAGAAAAGACACUACAUUAGUUGUUAUAGACAUUUUAUGUUAUUUGUGUCUGUACGAAGACUCUCUCUCUCAUGGUGAAAAGCAAUAGCACACAAAGGAAAUACUAUCCUCUUCAGCCGCACAAAAGGACAUGCUUGAUGCUAUUUCAAUACCCCUAUGCUUAAUGAAGGAACUUUUAACCCAAGGGCUUAAAACUACGUGAAUAUGUAUGGAAACAGAUUGACCUCCAAGCCUUUCUGCCUCUUCUGAUGGACGGGGGUGUGAAGGCUGGCAACACAACCUCAGGUUUAACUAUGGCUUGAAGACUGUACUUUUAAUAUUCUGAAACCAAAAAUCACCCAAACAAGGAGAACGUUCAACACCUGUUAACUUUGAAUGUCAUUUCCAAGAAGAUUUUAAUUUUUUAACCAAAGCCUACAUGUUUAAUUUUACUUGCUGUUGCUCUGUGUUGGUACCAUCAUCUAACCAAGGCACAUAUGUAUGUUAAAGCACAGACUGACAUAAGGACAUUUGUUUGACGUUGUGUAAAGCAUGACUUAAUGUGAAGUGUAAGUCACUAACAAGUCCUUCCACUACAAGGAUUUUGCUACAUUGAUCGAAUAACAGCAAUGGACUACUAGUUUGUUUUGAUUGUUGGCGCCUGAAAACUGAAAGGAUUUAAGUCAAAGUUAAGCAUGUCUCCACAUAAACCUGUUUAAGUUUGCCUUUGAUGGCCAUAAUCAUUAAAUACUAGUUAUAUAUGGGCUUCAGGCCUACAUGUAUGUCAUCGUUAAUGCCUCUGAUAAUUUUAUUUAUUUCCCUAAUCAAAAUCCAAAGAGAUUUUUUUUUAGCGUACGUUUUGACAUGUUAGUUACUCCAUAAUUCAGUUACAUGUUGUGGGUUGGAUUGUAGAUGUUACUCUUUGUAAAAGGUGAUCCUUUUUGGAAUAUUCUUUUUCAUAUUAGUAGUGGUAGACUUGUGAGACUGUGUAAAAAAGAAGUGAUGUUAUGAAUUAUAUUGGUGGCACCCUAUAGCUACACGUUUAUUUUCAAAUGCGACAUGCAUUCAAUGUGUGCACCAUAUGCCAUGUAUGUAUGAUUAACUGCAGUUGCACUAUUGAAUGUGUAUUACUUCCAUCCAUAUCAUUAACUGUUAAAAUCAACCAAAUUACUGGGAUAUAUUUGACUAAUGUCCAAUACAAAUUCCUCAAGUCUGUAUUCUUUAUCAGCUUUUAAACUGUUCUAGUUUUGCAGUUUUUCCCAUGAUGGUCAAAAAAAGGAAAUCACUGCAGUCCUGCGGCCUCAUCAUAAUGUAUAAUAUGUUAAGCAUUUGGUGGAAGGUUGUAAAGAUUUUAUCAUUCCCUUCUGAGAUCUUUCACCAUAUGGACAUCUGUCUUGUCCGCGCAUAUUAUCUGUGUUGUGAUGUGUGUGCACAUGGUAGUUGUACAUUUAUUAUUGUUUCAAAUUUUCCCAGGUUACAGUCUGAUUUUACUGUCUUAAGGAUGUAAACAAUAAAGGCCUUUUUUUAAUUUUUU